GUGCACGAGAGUGUGGGUGUGUCUGCCGUGCGCAGUGCGCAGCAGCGCUGUAACGCUUGUAUUCAACGUCCAGGGUGGGGGUGGGCAGACGCUGUGCGCAUGCGAUUGAAUGGCCAGAGACCCCCCCUCCCCAUGUGGGGUCGCACAGGCGCGUUCCUGAACCGUGGGCCUUGGCCCGCACAUGUGAAUCAGAUGAGCACUGUCAUACCCCUCUCCACAUACCGUCAAGUCCGGUCACCGCAUAUGUGAGGCAGCACCGCCCGCUCUCGCAGCAGCACACUGGCGGUGUGCAUUCUCCGCGUGGCAUCGAGACUUGCUCCGUAUGUUUCGUUGGCGCAAUUAUAGCAUUCACGUCCAUUCAUGUUGUCCCUCGACGCCAAAGGCCACACAUGGAUGCUAUAUAUCGAUAGAAGUAGACACGACCACCUCCGAGGACCCAACCUGUAGCAGCAGCAACAGCAGCCUCCAUCACCGCAGACCAUGUCUGGAGAAGAAAAGGGACCGAUCUACCUCGGUGAGUGGCAGCUGUCGCAUCACGCGGACACUUCGAAGCCCCAUGCCGCCGCCGGCACUAUCACCACCACCAGCCGUCGAUGGCUUCUGCUGCUAGCGGGUGUUCUCACCAUUACGUGCUUUUCACGGUUGCCUGCCUUCUUUCUGCACCAUUUCUCCGCCGUCGACACCGUCCACCACGACGGCCGGCCGCCCGUCGUCGAGGUCGACAUCAGCAAGGUGCCCCUCGGUGAGAUCAAGUGGCAUCAGUGUCCCCAAGAGAUCGACGGAUCCAAAUUCGAGUGCGGACACCUCUCUGCCCCGCUGGACCACCUCAACACAACAGAGGAUGCGCGUCGCGCCUCCAUCUACAUCACGCGUUUCAAGGCUCGCAGCGGCAGCGAGCUCACGCCGCGCAAAGAUGUACUUGGGACCAUCAUCCUCAAUCCCGGUGGACCCGGCGGCUCGGGCGUCAGCUUUAUGACGACGCCUCGGCCGAGCGCAAAUAACCUGACAUUCUCGGAGCUCUUCAACCAAAUCACAAAAGGCCGCUACGACUAUCUCUCCUUCGACCCGCGCGGUGUCGGGCGCACCUGGCCGCGAGCAAGUUGCUGGAAGGAUGCUGCUGACUCGUGCCUGAACGAGAUCUUUGUCAGCACGCAGGGCAUGUACAGAGCACUUCCCGGCGGCGAGGACGCGCAGGUCGGGGAGAUGCUUUCCGAGAUGGAGCUUCGCGGCGCCGUCUGUGGAGUCAAUGAGGAGACGAAAGAGUCACUGCGAUAUGUCGGCACCACUGCCGUCGCCAGGGAUAUGCGCCUCAUGUACACUGCGGUCGGAGAUCCCGGCUUGAACUACUGGGGAUUUUCCUAUGGCACAGUACUUGGGUCCACGUUCGCAGACAUGUUCCCUGAUGAAGUCAACAGAGUCGCCAUAGAUGGCGUCGUAAACGUGACGGACUACUAUCUCGGCAGAUGGGCAAGCACCAUGGUCAACACCGACGAGACGUUCUACGGCUUCAUCAAGGAGUGCGCAAAGGCAGGAGAUAGCUGCGCAUUGACACGGGGACUGUCAAGCAGCGGCAGCAGCAAGAAGCAGCGCCAAACGAAAGACGUCGAAAAGAGCAUCCACAAGAAGAUCGCAAAGCUGUUCGACCAUCUUUCCGCUCAACCCACCGUGGUCGCCAACGCGACGCAUCCAGGCCUCCUCACCUGGUCUAUGCUCAAAGGUACCAUCUUCCAAGCGCUCUAUUCUCCGGUUCAAUGGAACGCUCUCGCCGAGGACCUGCAGCAGCUUGUCGAAGGCAAUGCGGUCCCUUUCUACGAGAAACAUGGUUUGAAACCGUGCGACACCGCGCCAGCACUGCAGGAAACUCGCGAAGCGGUGCUCGCCAUCGCUUGUGGUGACGUCAAAAAGCGUUUCGACAAUCUGCCGACGGCAAGCACAUAUAAGAAAUUGAUCAAGGAGCAUGAAAGCCUCUCCAAGUACUUUGGCGGCAUGUUCGUAGAGGCGGUCGCAUGCCAGGGGGCAUGGCCCAUCCACACCAACGAGCCCUGGAAGGGCGACUUUACAAGCAAGACUGCCAACCCGAUCCUCCUGCUUGGCAACUCAUAUGACCCCGUGACGCCGCACGCCAACGCGGAGUACCACGCGCGCAAGUUCCCCAACUCCGCCUACGUCCUUCGCACCGGCUACGGGCACUGCACGAUCAGCCAGAAGAGCCGCUGCGCCGAGAAGGUCAUCGCAGACUACUUUAUCGAGGGUAAGGUCCCGAAAAAGGGGACCGUCUGUCCGUGGGACUCAUGGGAUCAGCCCAUCUUCCACGGUACCCGCGGCUACGCCAUCAGCGCCGCGGCGGUGGAGAGCCUGGAGGAUGGAGGCGCUGGCAGGCUCCUCACGCACGCCGCUGCAGAGAUUGCUGCAUUUGCACCUAGAGGCCGGCUCUGGUGAUGUCUACUAUGUACAUGUACGGAAGGAAAGGUAAAAUUAACGAAG